UUAUUGCAAUUAAGAAGGAGGAGCCGAAAUCUUUUUCAAUGUGACUUUAGGAUGAAACAUUAAAUGUUGCUUUUAUCUAAUUAAUCAUGUGACGAAUGUAUCACUGGAGUAAUGAAGUUCAAAAACGUCAUACCUCACGGGUUCCAAAUUUAUUUUGAGUGAGAAUCAUAUCGUUCUCAUUGUGGGAUUAAAAUUUGUCGGUGGAGGAUUAUUUCUCUCUUUCUGCUUUUGUUAAUUUGAGAUUUUGAGCUACUUUGGAAUAAAGAAACCAAUUGCUAUACCAUGUGAUAGUUUUCAGUUUGGAAUUUGGAAUGGGACACAGCCUUCACGUUCAUAGUAGCUUGUUCCUACACAAAAGAAGAAAAAACAAGAGUCAAGUUCCACUUCACAUAUACCUAUCAAUACAAGUUUAAUUCAGCUAUUACACUUUUUCAGUUCUUUUUUUUUGUUUAUUCAUGCGCAAUAGUGCUAAGAUCCAAAUAAUUAAAAUUGGUUUCAACCAAACAAACAAAGAAAGCUUGAGGAGCAUUCAUGAGCAUUGUCGGCAGAAGACAGAACGGUACAUAAUGUUAUUUGACUUUAAAGCCAGUAAGUUUUUGAGACGACCCACAAAAUUUUUUACAAACAAAACGUUACAAAUCAAUGAUUCCUCAGCUCUAUGGGAAAAGGGAAAAUAUAUUUUAAUUGACACUUAAGUUAUAAUAUACUGUGUAUAUCUACAUAUAUGAUUUUUAUACUAGAUUAUACAUGAUUGUUUGUAAUUGUUCUAAUACUUCAAAUCUAUUCAAACAUUUGGGAACAUGUCCAAAUCAAAUUUUUAGUCAUUUUUAUAAUUAAUUUUUAUGUAAACCAGUCAUACGAAACACUUAAGACCUGACUAGUGUAAUAACAAUAGUUGCAUACGUUUACGGAUUUGGAUGGUUACAAUUUUUUAAGAUUUCUGUACAAAUGGUAUAACAGUUCGAAAUUUCUGCGUUUGUUGGAUAUUUCUGAGUGAUUAACUAUAAAUGCAAUAGUGGUUAAAUAAUAAAUUAAAAAUAUUUACAUUUUAUAUCAGUUAUGCCCUUAAUAAUCUUUUAAACCGUAACUACCCAUGUCCGCAUUUGAAAUAGUUUGUUUCGUUUUCCAAUUAUAUUGGGUCCAAGUUAAGAAGACCCAAAUAUGUACACAGAAAUAUUCUAAGAAAUCUUUCCAUUAGCCCAACGCAGCACAAAUAAUUAGAAAACAUAAUCUUGCCGAUCAAACCUACAAAUAAUGGCCACCCCGGUCCUAUACCUGCACGUGUCAAGUGCGAAAAAGUGUUUUAAGGGAUCAUUUCCUCCUUCACCGCGACGGCCAACAACGAUUAGAUUUUGAGAAUUUAUAACAACGUUUAGAUUUCUGCAAUAAAGGUUUGGUAUCUCUCUACACAAAUGUGCCUUUUUAGCUUGCAAACCAGAAAACUAAAAGAAAACUAUGACAAGUAAAUGAGUUCUUCUAUUUUGCAUCAUAGUAAAAGUGUAUACUAAUUUUUAUGUUAUUAUACUAUGUAGUAUGCUUCGUGUUUUAAUAAUUCUACUUUGAACUACAUGUUUGACCGUUGCUAUAAAAAAUUGGUAGUUCGUUUUGUGUUGGUUUUUGUUUAAAGUUCUUGGUCUACGUGUCUUUCUUAUGAUGAAUCGAAAGUAUGCUUGUUCGUCAUUACCGUUUAAAUUUCGUUUUUGCAACUCCAAAAAUGUACUACUCCCUUAUUUUUAUAACAUAUGAUGUUUUAGUUUAGUGCUCAAAAAUUAAAAAAUAUAUAUUCUUCUAAAAAUCAUUUUUAAAUAUAUAAUUUUAAAAUCAUUCAACCAGUUAUAAAAAAUACCGUAAAAUUUUAUUGGUUGAAUAAUUUUUAAUAAAAUUAAAAAUAACCUUAAAAUCUCUAAACAUUAUAUACUUUAAAAUAACAUAAACUUUUUAAAACAUUGAUUUGAAACGGAAAAAGUAAAAUUUUGAAUAAUAUAUACAACAUAGUACAGUUUCAGCCUUCUAUAUUUUUUUCACAAUAAGCUAUAGAAGUUCAUGUAAUAAAUGAAGAAUACGGCAUAAAAGACGACAAAACAAAUGACAGCCCAAAAACAAGGAAGUCGGUAAAAAUAACAUUCCUUAAAACAAGGAUUCGCUCAGGGUCCCUUAUUGGUCCUACCCGCUAACUCAAUCCCCUACAUACAUGCAUACUAUAGAGGAUGCUUCUGUUCAUAUACAUAGACGCUCACAUAUAAUAUAGAUAUGACUUACAUUUAUUUAUUAUACAAACAGAUAUACACAAUAUAUAUUUUGGUGUAAAUGUAUCACUCUAGAACCAAAUCAUAUAUAGGCACUGGAGUGCAAAAUAUAAUUAUCUGAAAACCUCUCUCUCUCAGACGAUGCCUGAGAGGUAAAAAGAAUAUAGUUAUCUGAAAUUUUUUUUGUCAACAAUCACUCCUGGCUUUUCAUUGUUUAUACGUGAAAGUAUGUCAUCUAUAGCAUUAUGCACAAAAGAUAUAACCAUACUAAUGGAAUUUGUACUUAAGAGAAUAUAUCUAGGCAGAUGGAUGGUGGAAUUUGUAGUUAAGAGAAUAUAUCUAGGCAGAUGGAUAGUUUGCGUUGAGAUGGUGAGAGACAUGACAAAUAGGCCCAUGAACCUUUGCGGUGAAAAUGGGGAACACGACAAUACAAGCGAUUGCAUCCACAUCCAAAUUCUAUGCUAUAUUAUACAUGGAUAAUGGCACCCAGUUAAUAGGAAAAUGUGUUCUUCUAGGUUCAAAUAUUUAGGUUCAUUUGUUCUUUGAGUCAUUUUUUCUUUUGAUUCUUUUUUUGCUAACACCAAACGGUAAUUCUGUUAUUCAAACUAUAUGUAAUUAUAUGUGGUAUGAAUAACCAAAUUGAAAUAAAAUAACCAACAAAACAUAAUUUUUUAUAGACAAAAAUUGAGCAUUCUGUUAUACUCAAUUUUUUUUUGAGAUUUUGAAAACGUCUAUUUAGUGUUGUUAUUCAUUGAGCUAUGUCGCUAAAUUUUUUCAUGUUCUUGAAUUGUGAAUCAUCUUUGUAAGUUCUUGACUAUCCCUUUUAAAGUGUCGACAUAUGAGUACUAAAGCAUACAAUUCACCUCAUCCUAUGGUGUUUGAUUCAUAGAAGUUGUAGUUCCCGAUAUACAUCUUUCCAAACUAACUAGAACACUAUAAUAUGAAUAAUGAAUCUUAACGACAAUAACCAUCUUUCCAAAUCAAACCACAACCACUUAGAUGAAUAUUUACGCAAAGAACCAUAAACCAUACAUAUGUUCUGAAAGCUUACAUAACUUACCUAUAUUGAAAUAUUUAGCUAUAUAUUUUACAUUCAUUUUCUCACUCUUUUUAAAUGCCUCAUUAAUUAUUUUGCUAUAAUAUUUCGACAACAUUUAUUUACAUAUUAACUAUUUAAUUUAGCAUGUUUGUUCUAUUUGUAACAAGAACUUAAAAUGAUUAACAAAUACUCCAUUUGUUUCUUAAUGUUACAUAUUCUAAUUUUUUCACACAUUUUAAUAAAACACAAUAAAUUUGCAAAAAAAAAUUGUGUUUAUCUUUGUUCCAUAAUUUUAAGCCAAUAAAAAUUCAGUAAGCGCAAUUAAAUUUUUUGAAAUUUGUAAUUAGUUAAUAAAACAUGUCUUGAAAAUAUAAAAAAUAGAUUUUUUUAAAACAAAUUUUUUUUCUAAAAUAUGUAAUAUUAAGAAACAGAGGGAGUAGUUCUUUUUAUUUGUUUACACAAUCAAUUAGCCGUAGACAUUCGUAUAUCCGUUCAAAUACAAGUUGUUUUUUUUCGGUAUCUGUUUUCUAGGUUUUAAAGUUAAGUUAUAUUCGGGUAUUAUAAAUUUUCGGGUGAGUUUUGAGUCAUGUCCUCUAAAGUCCGGAUGAAUUCAGUUUUGAUAUAAAGAAACCUAAAAAUAUCUAAAAACUAAUGUAUCUAAAAUAUUUUCGGAUAGUGUUACCAAAAGUAAUCAUAUUAUCCGAUUUAAUUCGGAUUCAUUAUAAUGUAUAGGAACCUAAAAUGUUUAAAUACUUAUACAAUUAAUUAUAUGAUGACAAAUAUAAAAUAUAUUACACUAACCAUAAAAAAGCAAAAUAUCAAUCUCUAGUGUAUGUUUGUCUCUUUUGUUUUAAUAAUAUAUAUAUGUAUGUUUUGCCAUAAUAAUGUAUGCAUGUUUCUUUUUAUUUUAGUAAUAUAUGUUUAUUUCUUUUCUUAAAUAAAAGUUGAAGUCAAGCUUGCAUUUCUUAUGUUCAUGCAUAUUGAAUAAUAUGAAUGUUCUAUAAACCAUUCACCAGUAUUUGAUUUAGAAGAUUUUUAUUUCAUUAAUAAUUACAAGUUUUUUGUAUUUAUUAUUUAAAAUAAAAAAUAAAAUAAGAACAAAUAAAACAUAUUUUUUAAGUUUUCCAUUUUAUUUUUUAAAACUUAUAAUUGAUUAUUUGUAUCAUAAGAAAAAUAUUAAAAAUAAAAAUAUGAAAUAAAAUGAUUGUAUAUGACAUUUAUUAUUAUUAAACAGAAAUGUUGACAAAAAAUUGAAUAUGUAUUAGACUAAUAGGUGAAAAAGAAAAAUGUAAAAUAAAUUAUUGGAUAAUCUACAUUAUAGUACAUAAACUAAGUUAUUGAGAAAAGUUUAAAUUUGCAUAUUUUCUCGAUUUCGGAGAAGUUAAAAGUAUAAUUUUUUUUAAAUUGAUUAUUAUAUGUAAAUUUAAAAUUAUUUUUUGGCUAGAAAUAUCCUAAAGUUUUACCGCAAACAUUUUUGAUUUUUUCAAUUAUAUAUUUAUUUGAUAAAUUAAGAUAAAUACCAAAGAGUUUUAGUUGAUAAAUGAUAACACCACAUCACCAUUUUUUUACCGUCUCUGUUUACAAUGUUAUCCAUUUUCUCCCAAACCGCUCAAAGAAUCAUGGAAAUACCAAUCAGACCAUCCAUCAUCCAUUGUAAUGACAUCCUCAACAAGGGCAAAAGGGACAAAUCGUGAGUAUACAGUAAACUAUAGCCAUCAGAGUAAAGAACCUUGACUUUAGUUAUCAAAAAAAAAUAUAAAUGAAAAAAAAAUAAUAAAAAAAUUUCUGUAGAAUAAAACAAAACUGAAAACUCCACUUUUUGCACUUCCUCCCCCUUGCAAACAAAAUAAAGAGAGAGAGAGUACGAUCACUGAGGAAGAUCAAACGCCCAUCACACUAUAAACGUACAUCACCGGAAACACCAGUUCCUUAAAACUCUUCACUUUCCUUCCCGUUAAAAACCGCCAUGUCUCAAACCGGUUACCCUGGACACCUUAACCCAACAGCUCCGAUGUUCUUACCGGCGAACCUAAACCCAGUUCCUUUCUUUAUCCCGACAAGAAUCUACUUCCCUCAUCCUCUUCCUCCACCUCCUCCUCCGCCGCCGCCUUACCCUCGUUUCUUCUCUUGUUUCGCCGGACCUCUCCCUCCCGCUCCUCCUCCUCACCUUCCCCCGUCGUUGUCUAUACCGACCAGAACCCUAGUGCUGUUACCAGUCCCCGCUGACGUCAGCGAGUCAUCGAUUCGUCGAGACCUGGAGGUGUUCGGUGAGGUGCGCGGAGUCCAAAUGGAGAGAGCGCACGAAGGUAUCGUGACCGUUCACUUCUACGAUCUGAGACACUCGCGAACAGCGCUUAGGGAGAUACGCGAGCGCCACAUGCAUCAGCAACAGGUCCGUUUCGGACGUGGCUACACGGCGGCGCGUGGGCUCGUCUCGGGAAGAACCGUGUGGGCCCAUUUCGUGUUUCCUCAUUUCAGGGCGGUUCCCGAGGGGAACAACCAAGGGUCGCUUGUGAUUAUGAACUUGGAACCCACCGUCUCUUCCGCAGCUCUCCGUCAGAUUUUUGAGGCUUAUGGGGAAGUGAAGGAGCUGAGAGAUACGCCGUUUAAAAGAGAGCAGCGAUUCGUUGAGUUUUACGACGUCAGAGACGCGGCAUUAGCUCGCCGGGAGAUGGACGGUAAAGCUAUCGACGGGAAACCGAUCAUCGUCCAGUUUAGCCGUCCCGGUGGUUUUAACAAAAAGCUCAUCCUCGCCUCACGCUUCAACAAAAGCUUCCUUUCCAACAUUCACCAUCCACUGCCGCCACCGCCGCAUUUCCGUCGUCAAGUUCCAUCUCCGGCGAGUCAGUUAAGAAGAGGAGGUCCGGUUAAGGGAAAACCGGUCAAACCCAACUUCUCUUCGGGUGAUACUGACCGGUACGAGCAAAACAAGAGGCGGCCUAAGAUGCAUACGACGACGAAGAAUAGUAUCAUCGAUACUCGCUUCACCAUACACGUAGACGCCAUUGCGGAGUCUAGAGACGGUCGUACCACCGUGAUGAUCAAAAACAUCCCGAACAAGUACACCCAGAAGCUGCUUUUGGAUAUGCUGGACGCACAUUGCAAUGACUGUAACGAAGAGAUCGUCAGCGAAGGGAACCAGACGCCCAUGUCGUCUUACGACUUUGUCUACCUCCCAAUUGACUUCGGCAACAAAUGCAAUGUGGGAUAUGGCUUUGUGAACAUGACAACACCUGAAGCUGUGUGGAGACUUUACAAGGCCUUUCACAAUAAUCACUGGAGACUCUUUCAGUCGAGUAAGAUCUGUGAGGUCACUUAUGCUCGAGUCCAGGGUCUUGAGUCGUUGAAGGAACACUUUAAGCACUUGAAGCUACCAUGCGUAGAAAUGGAGUACAAGCCGGUGAUUUUCUCGCCGGCGCGUGACGGGCGGUUGAUGACGAAGCCUAUCGCCAUUGUUGUUGACCUCGGGACCAGACCAGUGGAAGAUAGCUGUCCCUCUCGUGCCGAAACUGUCACAUCUUGUUCGUUUUCGAUUGAGAGAAGUGAUGGUUGGCUUGGGGAGAGAACCGAGGACGGCGGCGUUUCGGAUGACGAAGGCGAAACAGUAGUGAAGAUUUAAUGAUGGUUUCGGCUUUUAGGCGGCGAUCUAUAAAUAUGUAGCUGUAUGGAUGUCUUUUCAUCUCCUCUCUCUCUCCACUCUCUUUUGUCUUUCUUUUGGAUGUUUUAUGUGUAAACUUCGUUUAGAGAUUGACAUAUAUGCCUAUCAAGGUUUAACAAAAUAUCGAUUAUGUUAUUAUAAUUUAGUAUUGUAAUUAAAUUAUCAAUAUAAAACACUUAAUUAUAAGAAGAUAAGGUCAUUUUUUUGAAUUGAAAUAUAAGGCCAUUUUCAUCCAGAGUCUUAGUAUUAUUAUAAUUAAAUUAUAAAUAUAGAAAACCUUAAUUCAGUAUUACUUUAAAUUAUAAAUAUAAAAUUUGUAAAAGUGAUGAGAGAUGAAAGAAAGUGAGACUUAUUUUUUUUGUCAUAUGAGAUUUGUCCUUUAGAUAUCAAUUAUUUUAAAAAUUAAUUACAGUGUUAUAGUAUAUCAUUAUUAUAUUAUUAGAGAUUUGGCUAAACACUAUAUGAAUGAUACUUUAAUUAGUUAAUUGUUUUCAAAUAUGUUUUUUUUUUAAAUCUGUUUUUAAAAUGAGAAUCUUCCUUCUUUUUUCUUAUUCAUUUAAAUAUUUUAAUGUUGAAAAACCAAGAACGAUUCUACAUAUUCUCAUGCUAUAAUGCUAUUAUAUGUUUUUCCUUGAAGUGUAUGGCAACUUUUUUAGAAGAGAAGCUCUAACCUUUCGACCAAAAAACAAUUCUGAGAAGUAUAAUUGAGGUUGUGUCAUGCAAGAAGGAAGCUUUGUCGUCUAAAAUAAGGUUGUGCAAAGGUAAACUCAUUUUCUAGAUAUUUUUCUGUCUGUCUUGAUCUCUCGACUGUAUACAAACUAUAUUUAUGGGUUUGAAGUUGUUUAACGAAAAAAGCUGGUUACCCACAUAAUGAUAUAGCGUUACCCACAUAAUCAUGUAGCUUUAGUGCUCGUUUAUAAAUAUAGUUUUUCCUAUAAAUGGACUCUACAUAAGUUAUAUACGCAUUAAUACCUGCAUCAAUCGAAAACGUACAGUCACUUUUCUCGUUUUAUCUUUCUUUUCAUAUAUCUUGUCACUUGCCUUUUUCAAUCUUUAUUAAUUAUUAAGGAAAUGAUGUUUGCGUAUUUAAUUCAUUUUUGUAUGAUCUCUAGUCAAUAAAUUAAUUGCUUAAUAUUUUUCAAUUUCUUGUUAGAAUUUUAAAACACUGCAUUCAAUUUCUUGGUUUGGAUUUAUUCUGGUUUUGAGAUUUUAGAGUUAGAUAUUCAAGACAUUUCCAAUGAUUGUCAUAAUUGUUUUUUUUGAAAAUGAGUUUGAGUUUUGCUUUAAUGAUUGCGUUCAUUUUCCCUAUAAAAUAAAACAUUUCAAAUAGUAUAUUUUAUUAUUAAUAUUUAUUAUUAAUCUUAAUAAUGUUAUGUAUUCUUAAAACUUAUAAUUUUACCCAACUAUAAUUUUUAUUUUGACAAAAUAUUUAUUUUAUUCAUAAAUUUAGUUUCUAAAAAAUAGGCAAUGAUUUAUGAAUUUAUAAUGUAUUAAUGAAAGAAUUUAUUAAUUUCAGUAAAAAAAUGAAAUACAAAUAUUUAUGUUUUUGGAUAUAAAAUGAAAAUAUAUAAAAAUUUAAGAAUUAUUUUUUUAAUAAAAAAUUCAAUAGUAAAAAUGAGAUUGUGAAUAGUAUUAUUUCAAAUUUGAGAAGAUAUUAUUCAUAUCCUCGUGUUUUUUUUUCAAAAUGAUGCAUCGUUAGACAAAGUUCCCCUAAUAUUUGAUGUAUUUCUUUAAAAUCAUGCACCAUUGGAUAUGGUUUUAAACACCAUUUGAGCUUCUGCGCAUUGGUUCCCUGUUUUCUUUAUCGCUUUGUAAGUUGGUUACGUUCAAAUUAAUGAAAACUUUUUCUUCAAAUUUUUUAAAAUUUUAACUUUUGCUUACUGUCACUGUCGGAGUUUGGAGGCAGCGAUGCCUCAGCGUAGUCGGAGACGAAACAAGAGUCGUUUAAAAAUCAUAAGGUCAUUUACUAAUUAUGUCUUCUGUGUUAUCACAAAAGAAGACCUGGCAAAUGCCAUUGACACAGGAUAAAACCACGAAGAAAAUACUAAAAAAAUCAAAAACUGAAAAAACUCUUUCUGUUCAAUUCUUUAUUCCAGUUGAAACUUGACGCAUCGAGUUAUUUGGAAAUAUUCUAACAGUGACGGUAAGAAAAAUAAUGUACUUAGUUAGCCAAACCGAAUCAGAAACUGGAUCUGACAUCUGUAACCUUCUUAGACUUGUGCAAGAACACAGAAUCCAUGAUACAAUGUCGUGGACAGACAAAAGUAGAGCAAGAUGCUGGUACUUGUGCACUAGUAUUUCAUUAUUCAUGAUCAUCCCACAUUCAAAAGCAUAUAUGGUACUGUCGUUUUAUGCAAACUCCAUAUUUGGUCCAUAACAGUGAAAAAUAAUGUCAGGAGAUAAGUUUGAUAAAAGCCAAAAACAUGACUGAA